AUGUCUGUCUCCUACACCUCUGUCUCCUACACCUCUGUCUCCUACACCUCUGUCUCCUACACCUCUGUCUCCUACACCUCUGUCUCCUACACCUCUGUCUCCUACACCUCUGUCUCCUACACCUCUGUCUCCUACACCUCUGUCUCCUACACCUCUGUCUCCUACACCUCUGUCUCCUACACCUCUGUCUCCUACACCUCUGUCUCCUACAAUGUCUCCUACAAUGUCUCCUACACCUCUGUCUCCUACACCUCUGUCUCCUACAAUGUCUCCUACACCUCUGUCUCCUACAAUGUCUCCUACACCUCUGUCUCCUACACCUCUGUCUCCUACAAUGUCUCCUACAAUGUCUCCUACACCUCUGUCUCCUACACCUCUGUCUCCUACAAUGUCUCCUACAAUGUCUCCUACACCUCUGUCUCCUACACCUCUGUCUCCUACAAUGUCUCCUACAAUGUCUCCUACACCUCUGUCUCCUACAAUGUCUCCUACACCUCUGUCUCCACUACAAUGUCUCCUACAAUGUCUCCUACACCUCUGUCUCCUACACCUCUGUCUCCUACAAUGUCUCCUACAAUGUCUCCUACACCUCUGUCUCCUACACCUCUGUCUCCUACAAUGUCUCCUACACCUCUGUCUCCUACAAUGUCUCCUACAAUGUCUCCUACACCUCUGUCUCCUACAAUGUCUCCUACACCUCUGUCUCCUACACCUCUGUCUCCUACACCUAUGUCUCCUACACCUCUGUCUCCUACACCUCUGUCUCCUACACCUCUGUCUCCUACGCCUCUGUCUCCUACACCUCUGUCUCCUACGCCUCUGUCUCCUACACCUCUGUCUCCUACACCUAUGUCUCCUACACCUCUGUCUCCUACACCUCUGUCUCCUACACCUCUGUCUCCUACAAUGUCUCCUACACCUCUGUCUCCUACACCUCUGUCUCCUACAAUGUCUCCUACACCUCUGUCUCCUACGCCUCUGUCUCCUACACCUCUGUCUCCUACAAUGUCUCCUACACCUCUGUCUCCUACAAUGUCUCCUACACCUGUCUCCUGCAAUGUCUCUUACACCUGUCUCCUGCAAUGUCUCCUACGCUUCUGUCUCCUACACCUGUCUCCUGCAAUGUCUCCUACACCUGUCUCCUGCAAUGUCUCCUACACCUGUCUCCUACGCCUCUGUCUCCUACACCUGUCUCCUGCAAUGUCUCCUACGCUUCUGUCUCCUACACCUCUGUCUCCUACGCCUCUGUCUCCUACACCUGUCUCCUGCAAUGUCUCUUACACCUGUCUCCUGCAAUGUCUCCUACGCUUCUGUCUCCUACACCUGUCUCCUGCAAUGUCUCCUACACCUGUCUCCUGCAAUGUCUCCUACGCCUCUGUCUCCUACACUUCUGUCUCCUACACCUCUGUCUCCUACGCCUCUGUCUCCUACACCUGUCUCCUGCAAUGUCUCCUACGCCUCUGUCUCCUACACCUGUCUCCUACGCCUCUGUCUCCUACACCUGUCUCCUGCAAUGUCUCCUACGCUUCUGUCUCCUACACCUCUGUCUCCUACGCCUCUGUCUCCUACACCUGUCUCCUGCAAUGUCUCCUACACCUGUCUCCUGCAAUGUCUCCUACACUUCUGUCUCCUACGCCUCUGUCUCCUACGUCUCCUACAAUGUCUCCUACACCUCUGUCUCCUACACCGGUCUCCUGCAAUGUCUCCUACGCCUCUGUCUCCUACACCUCUGUCUCCUACGCCUCUGUCUCCUACACCUCUGUCUCCUACACCUCUGUCUCCUACACCUCUGUCUCCUACACCUCUGUCUCCUACACCUCUGUCUCCUACACCUCUGUCUCCUACAAUAAGGGAGGUAAAGCCGACAGCAACAAGUCCAAGAAGGUCUUUGUCGGUGGAAUCCCCCACAACUGCGGAGAACAGGAACUCAGGGACUAUUUCAACAGAUUCGGAGUGGUCACUGAGGUCGUCAUGAUCUAUGAUGCGGAGAAGCAGAGGCCCCGAGGUAAAUGCCUCCUCCCCCUGCACCUCCUCCUCCCCCUAACCCUGCUCCUUCUCCUCCCCCUAACCCUGCUCCUUCUCCUCCCCUUGACCCUGCUCCUCCUCCUCCCCCUAACCCUGCUCCUUCUCCUCCCCCUAACCCUGCUCCUUCUCCUCCCCCUAACCCUGCUGCUUCUCCUCCCCCUAACCCUGCUCCUUCUCCUCCCCCUAACCCUGCUCCUUCUCCUCCCCCCUAACCCUGCUGCUUCUCCUCCCCCUAACCCUGCUCCUUCUCCUCCCCCUAACCCUGCUCCUUCUCCUCCCCCUAACCCUGCUCCUUCUCCUCCCCCUAACCCUGCUGCUUCUCCUCCCCCUAACCCUGCUCCUUCUCCUCCCCCUAACCCUGCUGCUUCUCCUCCCCCUAACCCUGCUCCUUCUCCUCCCCCUAACCCUGCUCCUUCUCCUUGUUUAACCCUGCACCUCCUCCUCCCCCUAACCCUGCUCCUUCUCCUCCCCCUAACCCUGCUCUUUCUCCUUGUUUAA